AUGACGGCUACAGAAUGGACCGAAAACUUACCAACCAACCAUGUAAUGAUGCGUCUUAUUGAUUAUGAAUCAAACAAGACAAUAGGCAAUGAAAUAUUGUGUGAUCCUUGCAAAUUUGCCAAUGAAAAAACUAAAGUGAAAGUUCAUUGUCACGAGUGCAAGGAAUAUUUUUGUGAACAAUGCCUCAGUUACUUGCAUAAACGGAAAAGAGAUAACAAUACACAUACCAUUACAACAAUUUCUGAAGACAUGCCAUUUAAACCUUUUGAAGUUGAUGAACUGUGUCCUGUUCAUUCAGGCAAAGUUUUGGAAGCAUAUUGCUUUGAUCACGGAAUUCUUUGUUGUAGCCUUUGUUUCAUGACAAAUCAUAGAAAAUGUGAUGUCAGGUCUUUGGAUGAAAUAGCAAAUGAUAAGAAAGAGAAUCUUAAUAUGGGUGACUUUAUUUCAAAAUUGGUUGAGACAGAGCAAAGCACAGAAUCCUUAAUAAAGGAUAAAAAUGAAAAAAUUGCACAACUAGACAACAACAAAGAGGAAGUUUUGCAGACAGUUAAUGGUAUUCUUUGUGAAACAAAAUCACAUUUAGAUAGUCUCUAUGAAGAAUUUAAAAAAUCAACUGAAAAAACAUUUUUAAAUUCAGAAGAAUAUCAAAAGGAUUAUGUUGAGUGGCUUGUUGGCUUUCAAAAAACAUUAAUUAAUUGUAGAAGAAUGGCAAACGCAGUUAGAGAACAUGGCAGUGGAAAACAAAUAUUUGUAACCAAAGAAAGAUUGAAAUUUUCUUUAGAGAAACACUUCCAAAGAAUGACCCUGUCGAUGCACUAUUCGGGAUAUGAUGAGCAAUAUGAAGCUGGUAUUGAAGAGGAGUUGAGUGAAUUACAGCAGUGGUCAAAACUUGCUUCUUUGAAAGGAAAGAGAUCGGGCAAAUAUGCUUUGAGAAACUUUGAGAAAACUGUUAGCUGUUUAACCGAGCGUUGUAACAAAUUUCUUUGUACUAUUCCAGUCCAAGAUGUUUCUUUUCCCCAGGUCAGUGUUCCAUUCCAAUUUCUAGGAAAAAUUUGGAGAAUUAAAUGUACAAAGGAUGGUAAUUCCGUAGGAAUAUAUUUGGGGUUGAUUUCAGGAGACAAAUCUGAUUGGACGUAUGAUAUAUCAACGGAACUGCGCAUUUUACAUACAUCUGACAAUAUGAAAGACAAAGUUAAACACCUUAAUCCACACAAGUUUUCUGAUGCAGAGCCAGGCUGGGGAUUUAAAUCCUUCAUAGGCUGGAUAUCCCUUACAUCAGAGAGCAAUGGAUACAUUUCCAAUGGUUUGAUGAAGAUACAAGUAAAAUUAACUCAACUGUAA